CCUUUAGGCACAAGGAAGGUCACGGUAUGAUAGGCCCAUGCUGUUCUUUGACUAUCCAUAGCCUCUUCAGCCAAAUCAGCCCAAAUUUCAUCAACGUUCUUCUGCCUAGGCUACACUUUAAAUCACCGCACAACUCUCACAGCAGACUGCACUGCUUCCGGGGACCAGAAUAACUCCAUUUGUGUAUAAAACUAGAGGCGCAUCCGCAGACAUCAUUAUGGUCAUUGUCGAGGAGAAGUGCAUGCAAUCUGUUCCACCCCCUCCUUAUUUCCCUAAUGCCAGCACUCUACCCCCACCCCCAUUCCCUGGUGAACAUCGUGGAGCAGCGAAGCCAUCUGACCUACCUCCCCACCUAUUAUUGAAGAUCGUGUAUAUGACAUUUCCGCAAACGCCUGGGGUUGACGAGGGAAAGAUCGAACGGCAGAGAAAGACACUUUGUUGGCUCUCCACACAACUCCGGUCGGUUAAUCGCUCAUUUUACAUUGCGUGUGAGCAUGUGCUGCGCUCCACAUAUUUACCCGCAUACAACUCGAUGAUACGCCCUCCCUACUCAUCAGAUCCAUUCCCAUUUUCUUCCUCGGCUUCUACUUCCUCUUGUGAUACUCUGCAACGAGAGACCAAAGUUCUCGACCUCUUCAUUGCACUCAAGGUCCACGAAGAUGUUAUGGUCGAUGACUCAUCGCUUCACCUCGAGCGAGAGGAUUCGUUCAAAGACCUUUUCGACCUUAUGCAACCGCGCAGCCGGCUAGAAGACCUCGUUCGACACUACGGUGUCCGCGAGGGAGUUGUCCACACAAACCCACAUGGAGUGAACGCCUCGCCUUCAUCGUCCAGCAUGUUCAGGGUGAAUAAUAGUGGAAUUGGAUCUGCGAGCACGAGCAAGUGGACAUCAGACCUUGCGCCAGUACCAUUCAGCGCGCUGUCUAUUUCAUUCUCGCCAAGGCGGGUUGGCCUCGUUCUAACAGCUUCAGGUAGGAAACGGACAAUUGUGGAUGUAGCACGGACGAGAGAUGAGAAGCUAGAGGUUACCGCAAAGAAACUUGUGUUGCAACUAAAGGUUUGGCUCAGCGAUGGUUCAAGAUAAUCUAGUGGCAUCAUUUAGUUUCAGAGUCCUUUCUUUCAGUGCUUGUUGAUAGCACGUGGACUUUUUAAAGUGCAGUUCUCCAAGAAUGAAGUUGCCGAGGGGGUACUUUGCUGAUAGGCACACACCUAUAGGGAUCAGUAGAGAUCCACACGAUAUUGAACUUGAAACUAUGUGUGUUCCAGAGUCCUUCCGAGGCUGCGAGACGAUCCGAGUUUCAGAACCUGAGGUUGAUGAAACACAGUCGCAGUGGCCACACCCUGAAGCUUCAUUUGAGUGCCCGGUUCCUCCGAGCCAGCUUGAGGAACUCAGUUAUCAAAUCAAGUUCUGCACAUAAUACGAGUCGGUCCAACUUGCCGACGUCAGCUGAUCCGUCCAGAAAUGUCCAAACUGGUCCCGCUUUGAGU